UUGUACAGGUCUGUAAUUGAAGACGUCAUCAAUGAUGUCAGAGAAGUUUUCCUGGAUGAAGGAGUGGACGAACAAGUUCUUAUGGAACUCAAAACACUGUGGGAGAACAAGUUGAUGCAGUCCAAGGCUGUAGAUGGCUUUCAUUCAGAAGAGCAGCAACUUUUGUUGCAGGUGCAACAGCAGCAACAGCAGCAGCAACAGCAGCAUCAUCACCACCAUCAUCACACACAAGCUCAGCCACAGCAGACUGUGCAGCAACAGUCUCAGCCACAACAGGUCCUUAUUCCAGCGUCUCAGCAAGCAACUCAGCAGCAAGUUAUUGUGCCAGAUUCCAAGCUUAUACCACACAUGAAUGCGUCAGGCAUGAGUGCUGCAGCUACUGCAGCUACAUUGGCUCUCCCUGCUGGUGUUACUCCUGUUCAGCAGAUACUUACAAAUUCAGGCCAGAUCCUCCAGGUAGUUAGAACUGCAAAUGGAGCUCAGUAUAUCAUUCAACCACAGCAGCCAGUUGUUCUACAGCAGCAGGUCAUACCACAAAUGCAGCCUGGUGGAGUACAAGCACCUGUUAUACAGCAGGUUUUGGCUCCUAUCCCUGGAGGGAUUUCCCAACAGACAGGAGUGAUAAUUCAGCCUCAGCAGAUCCUGUUUACAGGAAAUAAAACACAAGUCAUACCUACAACAGUGGCUGCCCCUACACCAGCUCAAGCACAGAUUCCUGCAGCUGGUCAACAGCAACCACAACAACAACAGGCACAACCACAAGCACCACUUGUUCUCCAAGUUGAUGGAGCAGGGGACACAUCAUCUGAAGAAGAAGAAGAUGAGGAAGAAGACUAUGAUGAUGAGGAGGAGGAAGACAAAGAAAAAGACGGGGGUGAAGAUGGCCAAGUUGAAGAGGAACCUCUUAACAGUGAAGAUGAUGUGAGUGAUGAGGAAGGACAAGAACUGUUUGAUACAGAAAAUGUUGUUGUGUGCCAGUAUGAUAAGAUUCACAGAAGUAAAAACAAAUGGAAAUUUCAUCUCAAAGAUGGCAUCAUGAAUCUUAACGGAAGAGAUUAUGUAUUUUCCAAAGCCAUUGGGGAUGCAGAAUGGUGAAGUUUUAAAAGACAAAACAAAAAGACUCCCUGUAAAAGGAAAAAAAAGAAAUGCAGGAAAGGUUGAGACUUGGAUGUGUGCUCUAAUCAAGUGUGUAUCUGCACAUCAGAAAUAAACAAUUAACAAAAGUAUUGGAACAAAGGUAAAAUGUGGCAACAAAGACACUACUUCAGAUGAGCAAGCCAUGGACUCUGUAGCAGCUAUAGCAUUGUCUGGGAGCUGGUUUUGUGUGUUAGGAAUACCUUAAUUAUCAAUUCUACAUACAGGUACCUACAGCUGGUAUUUAGCAUGUAAGGCUUUGUUUCCCUUCCCCCCUCCCUCCCUUCUUCCCUUGAUUUACAAUUUUAAAAUACUUCUUCCAUUGAUUGAAGGAACUCUUCCCUUUGAUAGAUUAUUAAUCUGAAAAUGCUUAUUGUCUGUACAAAUCUGCUUUGAACACUUCCUUUUGGUAGUGAGGAUGGUCAGAAUGUUUCUUAAACUUCGUGCAAGCUUUGUACAGAAGGGUA